AUGGUGAAUGUCCCCGGCAUGACCAUCGGUGCAGCGCGGCUGACACAGAAGAUUGUAUACCAUCUGCGUACUACGGGCCUGUCCCCUCUUCAUGACUACGCCAGAGCUAACCAGCACCCUGCGGCAGGCCACCCCUCACACGCCGUCACCAUAUUCUUACACGAGUCUUACGGCGAGGAGCGCAUUCUCAGAGUACUGGACUUCCUGCAGUGUCCGCCCUGGCAGUACCACCAUACAGAGGCUUCGUGCCAGAGAGAUCGGACGAGCUCGUGCCCUUACUGCCCAACACCUGGCUCGCCCAUCAGCGCCAGCCGAUGGCACACUGAAGAUCUGGAUGGCAACAAAUUCCUCUUUCAGUAG